AUGGCCGAUGUUCCAGAUGCUGCAGCAGGGGGCACCCCUCACUACGAGAGUGGUUCGGUAGCUGGACCCGCUGGUCAAGCCGUGCCCGAGGCUGACUCCGACAGCAAUCAGAACGCUUACCUCUCUGCGCCUGCCGAAUCGUCUGCUGUUCCUGAUGUUUCUGCUGCUCCUUUGGCUUCUCCUCCUGUUGCAUCUGCUCACACUUCAUCCAAUGGCGACGUUCAGGCCCCCGUUACAAACAGCACACAUGCAAAGCCGUUGCAGGCGGAAGACUCCAUCGCUUCUACAGUGCCCGAUACGGGCAACAAGGACCUCGCUUACGCGUCGUUCAAUGCCGCUGUCAUUGAUGAGGAAGAGCAGCACGAUGUCAACCAACUCCUGCAGGAGCCUACGCAGCUUGAAGAGCCUCAGGACGAGCAAAAUGAAUCUGACGCUGCCGCAGGUAAUGCGGUUGACUCUUCCGCUUACGGCGAGCCGUCCAAUGUUCAAGCUGCCGGAAAGCUUGGCAAGACCGCAUCAGCAAACCGUCUCUCUGUCGCUUACGCUUCAGGAACGCGGAGAAUGGUUAUCGAUGCGGAAAUCGUCGACAAGCUGAAGGUCAUUAGGGCAGACGGCCGUAUCGAGGUUCUCAUGAAUGUCGAUAAGGAGGACGCUACAACCUACAAGGGUAUACUCAUGGAGACCUACUCGGAAACGACAGCCUCUUAUAUCCCUCUUGAAAUGCCAGAAAUUCCAGAGGCAGACCCCACUGUCCCUCCUUUCUCCAAAGUCGCGCUUCCAUCGAAGAUGACCCUGAUUGCCUACCUCGACCGAGACCGCCCCUUCUCCGAACCGCGCUGGGUGAAGACCGGCGACGUGCAGGAAUGGCUGAAAAGCAUGUUCGGACGAAUGUUCUGGGUAGCUGGCGACGCAGCCGAAGGCUGGGAAAAGAAGAUCGAGGUCGUCGAUCCCGAUCCGGCACCGACGAUUUGGACGAUCCUCGAGGCGUGGGCGCAGAACUCGAAUGUAGGGCAGACGAGCGAACGACAACGCUUCCUGCGCACACACAUGACCGAGACGGACAACAUCCUCGAGAUCCUCCUUCGGCUCGUGCGCGGAGAGCGCUCGGGGCCCGCACACCCCGCACCGACGCCCGCGCUCGCGCAGCCACACGUCGCGGGCCCGCUGCUCGGCGCUCUGUCGCCGGGCGCUGCGCACGGCGCGCAGCAGACGCACGUAUCGCUUGCCGUGCUGGCCAUCUUUAGGAUCGCGGUCGAAUAUGCGAAGCGUGCUGACCCCGGGAACGGGAAACAUGAGGUGGAGGAACGCGCGGGCGAUGUUAUCCGAUCGCUCCCGUCGCACUUGCUGUACAAAAGCCUGGACGGGAUAUUCAAGGAGUGGAAGGUGGAGAAGAAGGGUGGGCGAUGA